AUGAAGUUCGGUAAGACUUUUAUCACCCACCAAAUCCCGGAAUGGUCUACCCAUUACAUGAACUACAAGCAGCUCAAGAAGCGCAUCAAGACCAUUGAUCUUGUGGUCAACCAGGACGAUUUGCAGCCAUCCGAAAUCCCCGAGCUUAUUGGUUCUAUCUUGGCCGAGUUCUUUUUCGAGUUGGAUAGAGAUAUCGAAAAGGUCGACGAGUUCUACAACAAGCAGUACAAGGAGUACGAAAAGAGAUUGAGCAAGAUCUUGUUGGUGUUGGGGUGGUCUGACUCCAACAAGGAGAUCAACCAUCAAAUCAAAUCCUCCGAUGAGUUGGAUGAGAUCGUUGCCAUCCUUUUGGAGUUGAGAACCAUAUAUAGAAACUUGAAGUGGUACGGUGAAUUGAACCACAAGGGGUUUGUCAAGAUUUUGAAGAAAUUAGAUAAAAAGUUGAACUGGGUUACUGAUUUGUCAAAUGAGCAUGUCCAGGGUGUACUCGAAGAAGAGGAAGAAGAAAACGAACAAACCACCAUUCUUAAACCUGAACUUAGAGAAAUCAUUAGAAAGAUCAACUUACCCAUGAAUCACAAGGACGACUACUUGGCUACCAGAGUCAAUGCCUUGCCCUUUGCAAAUGGAUUAGAGUUGCAAAAUGGUUUGGUCACUAUCGGGGAAGUGUUGAAUCAGUUAGGAGCAAACACUGGAGCUACCGCUGGUGUCAAUUCUAGCAUUUCACCAGCCUUAAUUCCACGUUCACUCUCAGUUUCUCCAUCUGUCAACGGUGCUGGUGAAUACCUUAAAAUUGGUGAUGCUAACUACUCCAUUGACCAUCAAACAAUGGAAACUUACUAUUCUUACAUCGCUAAAGAUGACAGCGCUAGAUUAGUUUCCGAAAUCGGAAUCAAGGCGAAUAUCAAGUCGUUGAUUGCACUUUUGAAUAAGGCUACUUUAUUGGCCUCCUUCAAGUGCAUUGAUGCCAUAUUUCAGAUCUUGAUUUCUAAAGCAGGUGAUAACAUCUCUGGAGCCUUGUUCGAUUCGUACGAUAUUAGUGGCAGAAACUUCUUUCACCAUCACAUUAUCACUUUGGGUAAAAAACAAAAGAUCCAGGAAGCCAAAAAGUCCCAAAGCGAUUUUGAAAAAUUGAAGGAAGUACAAGAAAAGGAAAUGCAAGUGCAGCAAGAGAGCGGUGAUUAUGGAAUUCAUGAUAAAAGGGAACAAAAGGAAGUAAACAGUCGUAGCUCAUCGCCAAUUGAAACUACACCUGGUGAAUCCGGGGAUCUUAAUAGACUUUACGGGAAUGAAGGUGGUCCUGAUGGAGUCAAAUUAGACUCUGUUAAGACUGGUGGAAUUAAAUAUCUUCUCAACGAAAUCAUUUACCCUAACGAAAACUUCAAGCUGAUACUAGGACCUCUACUCAAUGCCAAGGAUAAUUAUCAGAGAACUCCUCUCCAUUAUUGUGCCCAAUAUGGUUUGAAGGAUCUCAGUGGAGAAAUUCUAGAUUUCCUCAAUAUCAAGUUAAACUUACUAGCCAACUGCCAAUCUAUUGAUGACUUGAAAUUUUGGGGUGACCAAGAGAAUUUGACACCUUUACAUUUAGCAAUUAUUGGAAAGCAUCCUAAGACCAGUGAAAAAUUGAUCAAACAUAGUAACACUCCCAAGUUGAGUUGUCCUAAUUUAUUAUUGCUUGCUGUGAGACUUGAUGAGCCAGAAAUUUUAGACAUCAUCAUUCUCCAAGGUAAAAUCGACAUAGAUUAUACUGACAUUGAACACAAUAUGGAAACCGCCUUGUACAUUGCCUCAAGAUUGAACCUUGUUGGUAUUGUUAAACAUUUAAUUAAAUUGGGAGCAAAUAUGGAAUUAGGAGAAUUGGUAUUCGGGUGGACUCCAAUCUUCAUUUCAGCUCUGGAAGGCUAUAAGGAUGUGGUCAAAGUAUUGUUAGAGAAUAAGUGUCAAUUUGAUUACGUCGACGAAUCAGGUUGGUUGCCAAUGGAACAUGCAUGUCUUAGAGGUCACCUAGAUGUUGCUGACAUGUUGAAGCCAGAUAAUCCUAAAUUAUUGAACUACGAUAUAAAUAAUCCAAGUAAUAAUUUGGUUAGAAGGAAAUUAUCGGAAGCUCCUAGUAAAAUUGUCAACAGAAAUGCAAUCUAUAACAACAAUAAUGGAAGUUUUUCAACAUCAAGUAUUGAUAAGUUACCUGAACCUAACAAGAAUGUCGUCAAUGAAGUUUACAAGCAAUUGAAACAAUUGGAUAUGAGUGAAGAACGUGGUAUUGAUAAGAAACUAGCAAGUGGCUCUAGUGGCAGCAAUAGUUCAAGUGCAGCUAGCAGCGUCACGAACAGUAAUACCCGAUUAAUAUCAAGAUCCAAAUCUCCAUUGAAUAAAAGGAAAAUUAAACCUGUGAAGUCUUUUGGUCAUAAAUAUUUAAAUCCUGAUGAGACAUUGAUAUUGAUCACUUUGGGUACAACUGAUUUGAGAGAUGCUAGCGAACCAAUUGAAUUAAACAAAAUCUCAAUGGCCAAAACAUUCUUCACCGAAUUAGAUACCGCGUUAUCAUUGGUCAUAACUUGCAGAGAUAAGUCUUCAGUCCACAACAACAAACCAAUUGAACCUCCCAUCAUAAUUGAUUUACCAUUGGAAGAUCAUCAUGGAAGCGCAUCAGAUCCAAUUUCGUUCAAGUUAACCAAUGGAUUGAAACCAGAAGACACUAUCAUUACUUUUGACGUGGUGCCAACUUACCAGUACACCAAUCUUUCUAAGGAUGCAGAGGAAGAGUUUUCUGUUAGCAGCAAGAAAAAGAUCUUGGGGAGAGCUGUAGCAAUGAUGCAAAGUGCUUACACCAGAGUUGGGCCAAACUUGAGAUCUUUAAAUAACAACAUUACCAUUCCUAUCAUUGAAUUUUCAACAUUGGAUGUCUUAGGUUCCAUUAGGUUUGAAUAUAUGUAUGUCUCAUCAUUCAAUCAUCCUCAAAUGCACAUUGGAAGAACCGAUACUUAUUGGAAGCAAUUGGUUUCCACGAGAGUUAUUGGACAUAGAGGAUUAGGUAAAAAUGUUAGUAAUAGAAACUCGUUGCAAUUGGGAGAAAACACAGUCGAAUCUUUCAUUGCUGCAGCUUCGUUGGGUGCUUCCUAUGUUGAAUUCGAUGUCCAAUUGACCAAGGAUUUUGUCCCAGUCAUUUACCACGAUUUCACAGUGGCAGAGUCUGGGGUUGAUAUCCCAAUGCAUGCUUUGACAGCUGAACAAUUUUUGGGAUUGAGUGAUGAUUCAAGUGAACACUUGAAGAAAUUGAAAUGGAAAAUUGACCAAGCCAAUCAUAACAACGCAGCCAAUAAGGCAGUUUCUGCAGCUGAUUCCAAUGGAUUUCCUGAAGACAAGAAAGAUUUUGUAUUCAAAAAGAACUAUUCACUUGAUGAUGAGAUGUUGAGUAAAAUGCAUAGACCAAGGUCCAUGUCACAAUAUCCAGAUUACACCAAAAAGAAGACCGGUAGCGUGUUCGAUGAACUUGCAAAGGCUGUGAAAAUUGGGAAAAAUGCAGGGACCGCUCAUGACGAUGACGAUGACGAAGAUGAUGGAGAUCAAGAUGAAGUUGAUCGUGAGUUUAAAAGCCAGAACAACAAUCGUAUGAAGUUGACCAAGACCUGGAAAGAUAAAGGAUUCAAGGGGAAUGCAAGAGGUUUAUCGAUUGCGUCCAAUUUCGUCACUUUAUCAGAAUUAUUCAAGAAAUUACCGAAGAAUGUGGGAUUCAACAUCGAAUUAAAGUACCCAAUGUUAGACGAAGCAGAACAGGAAAGUAUGGGAGAAAUUGCAAUUGACAUCAAUUUCUACGUUGAUACAAUUUUAAAGGUCAUUUAUGAUGAGAACAAAAACGGCAGAGAUAUCAUUUUCUCAUCGUUCCACCCAGACGUUUGUUUAUUAUUAUCGUUAAAGCAGCCAACCAUGCCUAUUUUGUUCUUAACCGAAGCAGGAACUGCUUCUAUGGCUGAUAUUAGAGCGUCUUCAUUGCAAAAUGCAAUUAGAUUUGCUAAGAAGUGGAACUUAUUAGGAAUCGUCAGUGCAGCUCAGGCAAUUGUUAAGACACCAAGACUCGCUCAAGUUGUGAAAAGUUCUGGGUUAGUGUGCGUAACAUAUGGGGUUGAAAAUAACUCCCCCGAGUUGGCUAAGAUCCAGAUGAAAGCAGGUGUUGAUGCCGUUAUUGCAGACAGUGUUUUAGCGGUAAGAGAGGGGUUAAGAAAGGCCCAGGAGAGCGAAGAGCAGGCGGUGAAUGUUUGA